AUGGUCGAGACCCUUGUGGUAACCCGAAACCUUUUUGGUUUGUUGGUCCUGGCUGCUGUGCCUGGAUCCGUCUAUGCCCAUGGCUGGUAUGGGCUAUGUGUAAGCCUCGGCUGGGGCUGUCUGGGUGCGCUGGUCAGCGUGUAUGGCCUCAUGAAGGGGCUGAAGCUGCGGCAUCCGAAGCUAAAGCUGGGAAGUGGCAUCGACGUGUCGCUCACCAAGUACUUCCUCGUCGUCCUCGUCACAGGCAUCGCGGCCUGUGCAGUGGAGAGCUGGAUGGCCAUGGACCUGGAGAACACGGGGAAGCGAGUGUCCUUUAUGACAGGAGCAAACCUCAUGGUUUUUGGCGUGGCCGCUUUACUGGGAUUGAGUAUCAACAUAGAAGAUGUGGGCCUGAGUGGACGGGACUAG